AUGGGGAAACAUCUCCGGAACAUCUUUAUAUUAACGUUUGUGAUGGCAGGAAUGGUUCUCUUACAAAAGCACUUCCAGAUAAACUUAAGUUGGAAUAAGUUGAAUGUGAUUGAAUGUAUCGGAUGUAACAAAUUCGAAGGAAGCCUAAUUAUUGAGCCACCGGAAGUGUGUAAGAAAUAUGGCGGAAAUACAACUUUCGCUCCACCAGAGUUGAUCUUCUUAGUAAUGAGCCCAGCGAACGACAAAAAAUCGAGGAACGCUAUCAGAGACACGUGGGGCGGAAUUCCUGAUCAAAAGACAGGUAAUUACCGAGUAGUGUUUGUGGUGGGGAGGAUAAAAUCUACCGAUCUUCUUCAUGAGGCGUCAGAGCAGAGAGAUAUUCUCCAGUUAAAUGUUCCCGAUACUCAAAAGGCCAUCACGGAAAGAGUGGCACAUUCUCUUCGUUGGUUAACACUACGUUGCCAAAGUAUAAAAUAUGUGAUGAAAACAAAUAUCGAAGUGUUUAUAAAUGUGCCGUACAUUUUCCGAAUCCUGAAGAAAUAUGAUUUAAAAAACAGUUUAGCUGGUCAUUGUUACCACAGACCCGAACAUUCUGAUGGAGCAGGUAAUGAUAAGAGGUUCAAGUACCUGAAAAGUUUACACUCUCCGCCAUAUUGUAGCGGAUCCGGGUACAUCAUCGGGAGGAAAACAGCUGUCAACCUGGUAGAGAUGUUUGAGAAUACGCCUUAUUUUGCUUUGGAUGACGUUUAUAUAGGAUUCUGCGCGUAUAAAGCUGGUGUAGAAAUAAUCGACAUACCGGGGUUCCAUGUGGACUUCGACGGUUAUGACGCCUUCCAGUAUUGUCACUGUGUGGGAUCGGCACGAAAUGUUGACGCAGGUAGACAACGCGAGAUCUACGGACUUCAGCUCAAAGACUGUAAACACAGCUGGACCCGUGGGGUGGACGACCUGGGCAUGUGUUUCCUCGAAUUUAGAGACGUGGCGAUGCCCGUGACUAUAAUGGUGGUGUCUGCAUUUCUCAUUGCUUUAUUUUUAAUUGUUCGUAGGAAAUUAAAUAUCAAGCCGUAG